AAAGCAUUUGUCUUAAGCAAAAUGUUCUCCAAAGUCGUUAUCGCCCUUGCCCUUGUGGCGGCGUGUCACGCUGGUCUCCUGCAUCACGCGCCUGCAGUAUCAUCACAGAACAUCGUCCGUCACGACCAAACCGUCCACCACGAGGCACCAGUCCACUACGCACAGGCAGUUCACGCUGCCCCCAUCGUACACUCUGCUCCCGUGGCCGUACAUGCUGCUCCCGUGGCCGUACAUGCUGCUCCCGUGGCCGUACACGCUGCUCCCAUAGCCAUCCACGCCGCUCCCUCCCAUGAAGAUCACUAUGUUGAUGAAUACGCUCAUCCCAAAUACGGUUACUCGUACUCCGUGGAGGACCCUCAUACCGGAGACCACAAGUCCCAGCAUGAAGAGCGCGACGGUGACGUGGUGAAGGGCGAAUACUCCCUGCUGCAGCCCGACGGUUCCUUCCGCAAGGUCACCUACACCGCUGAUCAUCAUAAUGGAUUCAACGCCGUGGUACACAACUCGCCGCCCGUCAUCCAUCAUCAUUAGACGCUGUCGCUUACUCAAUCUGUGAUAUUAGAAUAUUGUAGCGUACAAACAAAUCGAGUCUUUCUGCCUUACUUCAUUCUUC